CUUUAAUAACGAAGCAGACAACUCUGUCUCUGAAGCGAAUUUCGCUGUGGCGGUGGAUCGCCACGACCGGCCCCACUGAUCGAUAUGGUCUUGCUUCUCGACGAUCUCUCUCUCUUUCUCUCGCAACACCGGAACCGUCCGUAUCUCGUCUACACCUACUCCGAUCCGACAGCGUGAAUAUAACCACAAAGUCUUGUUUACCGCAGUUCGAAUUAUAGUGUAAUCAAUUUUUACGACUAGUGUCAGUGAUAAAUUUCCUGAUAUAUCAUGUGUGAAAGUGGUAGUGUUGAAAGUGAAACUAAACAGCCCCUCGCAAAGUACAAAUUAUCUAGUGAUUCAAAACAACAUAACCCCCAAGCAUUACGAUGGUCACAGAAUAUUAUCGAAGCUGAACCUGAGCAUCGAGAUCAAUCAAACACAAGACAAAUCGACAAUGUUGAAGUAAACAACAGAAAAAAAGAAAUUCAACGAAGAUACAGGGAACGGAACAGAGAAAGAUUGAAACAGCUUGAAGCAGAAAGAAGAAAACGUAUACGAUGUUCAAACAGUAUAGCAGGGGAACCAUCCAUCUCUUCAAAUAUAAACAGAGUAGAUUCGAAUAAUAUCGAAGGAAUAUCAGAUGCUGAUUCUCGAAGUUCAUCCGGUCCGGGAGGAACACAAACAUCAGGCAUUCAAAGAAACGAACAGACCGUUCUACAAAAAAAGAGAGAAUAUCAACGAAUAUACAGGGAGAAGAACAGGGAAGUUCUGAAGCAGCGUGAAGCGAAAAGAAGACAACGUCUACGAGAUUCAGAAACGAUAACUGCAGAGUCGUCUAACUCUUCGAAUAUGGAAUUUACAGAAAUGAAGAAUGAACCAAUGAUAGAUGAAGUCGAAGUGUGUCAAAAUGACGUGAAGCAUCUGAUCCAGGAGGUUAAGAAACGCCCUGCUUUGUGGCACAUGAGAAGUCCCCUUUACUAUAACAGAGAACUUAAAAGGGAAGGAUGGAGUGAGAUAUGUGCCAUUUUCGCAUACGAGAUGCUAGAAGAACAGGCUGCAGAUUUAGGAAAUUCGUUGCAGAAAAAAUGGAAAACCUUACGAGACGACUUCUCCCGCAACUUCCUCCAGGGUAAAGAGGAUCCCGUCGAUUACGCCGAAGACCUGCAAUUCCUAAAGGCCGCCAUCGAUUCCAAGAACCCGGCCACGAAACUGAACCCGAACACCGGCCUCUUCGAAGAAGUAACUUCGUGCGAAACGCCGUCGACGGAAUCCGAAGAGAAACGGAGGGACGAGGAGGAAGGCAACCGUCACUUCCUACUCUCGCUGCAGGGGAACCUCUCCACCCUCCCCAGAGACUUCAACUGGAAGUGCAGGUUCGAACUGAUGCAGGUGCUGAGCAUAUACAACGAACUGGCGGCGGUACAACAGAAGAACCCGGUGUCGCAGACCUCGACGCACCGACAGGAGCAACAACAGACGAAUCAGAAUUCGCAAGUGUUGUGCGUGAGCAUCAGGAAUCCGGACAAUACGUCCGGGACGCCCGACCCUCAGGCUACGACACUGAUCUCGGUGGAGAACAUCGACGAGAAUAGCAACACCGGACGCCCAGUGGAGACACCACUAGGUUCCAGUUUAGAAAACCAACACAACGUUCACAAGAAGAGGAAGCUCGAAGAGCCGUCCGCAGAUCUGGACCCGGUGGUAGGGACGUGGUGUCAACUGUUGGCCCAUAAGCUACAAGACAUGAGCAAACCGACGAGGGAGUCCCUGAUGCACAAGAUCGACAAUCUGGUCUACGAGACCGCCGUCAACGCCAUCAAGGUGGAACCUAUGGAGCCACUGGUGGACUCCUCCGACCAAGGGACCGUCGUCAACGAUCCGCAGGAGAGCCACAUAAAACUCACGUUAGACGAGGAUUCGAUAUGGACGCAAACCAUCAAGAGGGAAUGCGAGGAGAUAGAGCUAGAAGAACCUAAGCUGAUGAAUCUGAAAGCGGAACCUUCGUGAAAUCGCUUGAUUCAUCUUUUAUUAUAACUAAGACUGUUUUCAUCUCAUAUUUUCUAAGAAUAAACGUUACUUUGUUAUAA